AUGGAAGAAGAAGAAGAGGAGGAUAGAAGAGGAGGAGGUGCACCUGUCCACCAGUUCCCAGUAGGAUUGGAGCAGUCACGAUCAGGGAAGCAGUGGAGUAGUGCUCUAGCUUCGGAUGAGAGUAUACUGUCCACAUCGGAUCCAAGGGGCGUAUCGCCGAGCAAGUCCGGCAAGGGUCUUUCCUCCGGCCUCUCUGUCUCUACCAUCUCGGUAUUGAGAGACUGUAGCAGCUGGUCAAGGGCUUGA